AUGAUGAAAUAUGAUACGAUUCAUGGCAAAUACGAUGGAACCGUCGAGGUGGAUGGCGACUCCCUGGUCAUCGAUGGCCAGAAGGUGGCCUUGUCCCACACCCGCGACCCUGCUGAGAUCCCCUUCGGCGAGCACGGUGCUGAGUACGUUUGCGAGUCCACCGGCGUGUUCCUGACCACCGAGAAGGUGCAGCCCCACUUGAAGGCCGGUGCCAAGAAGGUGAUCUUCUCCGCUCCCGCCAAGGAUGACUCCCACACCAUCGUCAUGGGAGUGAACGAGAGUACUUACGACCCGUCCAUGGAGGCCGUGUCCUGCGCCUCGUGCACUACCAACGGCCUGGCCCCAGCCGUGCGCGUCCUGCAGGAGAAGUUCGGCAUCAAGCGCGGCCUGAUGACCACCUGCCACGCCAUGACCGCAGUGGCGAAGGUCAUUCCGGAUGUGAAGGGCAAGCUGACCGGCAUGGCUUUGCGCGUGCCGACCAUCGAUGUGUCCGUGGUCGACCUGACC